AUGAUAAGAAGACAAAAAUUGAACACUCUACCCGAUAGUGUAUUUUCAUUACAACUUGCAUGGAGAAGGAUUUCUUAUCGAGAACUUAAAGAAGCAACAAAUACGUUUAAUGAAAGCAACAUACUUGGAAGUGGAAGUUUUGGUUUGGUAUAUGGAGGGACACUUUCUGAUAGGUUAAAUGAUGCGGUGGAAGUGUUCAAUUUGCAGUUGGAAGAUGCUAGAUUAACGAGGAGCUUUGCUACAGAAAGUCGAGUACUCGGUAGCAUUCGUCAUAGGAAUUUAGUGAGAAUCAUCGGAUGUUGCAGUAAUACAGAGUUCAAAGCCUUGAUAAUGGAGUACAUGCCUAAUGGGAGUCCGGAUAAAUGUUAUGGUAUUUUACUGCUGGAGAUUUAUAUGAGGAAAAAGCCAACGGAUGCGAUGUUUGGCGAAGAAAUGAUCUUGAAAAGUUGGGUUAGCCAUUCAUUAGCUGAGAAUACAAUAACUAAAGUUGUGGAUGACAAUUUGCUCGGAAAAGAAGACGAGAAUUUCUCUAGAAAGGAGCAAUGCGUCUCAUCCAUUUUGGCUUUGGCAAUCAAGUGUUUGCAUGAUACUCCUAGAGAAAGAAUAAAUACGAGAGAAGUUGUGACUAGGCUUCGAAAGAUUAAAGCUACAUUUCUAGCAAGAUAG